AUGAGUUCUUAUGUGAUGAGAAAGCUUGAUGUAGUUUCUCCGGUUCCCGCCGAUAUUGAUAUCGCUAACUCCGUUCAACCGGUUCACAUCAAUGAUCUUGCGAAGAAUGUUGUAAUCUCUAACACCGAGACAUAUGACGCAAGACCACCCAAAGCUCCACUCAUAGCCACAACAAUUAUUCUCCCAAGUGGCUCACAUUUCAAUUAUGUCGGAGAUAAGCACAACUUGAUUUCUGCUGAGAAUAAAAACAUGGAGACUCCAAUUCACGAGGCUUGCCGACAAGAGAAUGUUAAUGUUUUAAUGUUGCUGCUGGAAGUCAAUCCAAUGGCUGCUUGCAAGGUUAAUCCUAGCGGUAAAAGUGCUUUCUUUGUGGCUUGCUAUCAUGAUCAUCUUGACUUGGGGAAUCUAUCUGAGACUAUUGGGCUAGAAGUAAUAGGGUCUGAUCAAGCUUGUCUUUAUAUUGCUGCAUCAAGAGGUGACUCAAAUGUUGUUAGAGAAUUGUUGAACAAGUGGCCAGAUCUUACUCAACUUAUCGAUGAGAAUGGGAAUUCGGCAUUGCGUCAUGCUUGUAAUAAAGGACACAGAGAUAUUGUAUGGACCAUACUAAAAAACAUUUCAAAUCUUGCUUUACUAAAUAACUACAGUGGUUAUACACCAUUGCAUCUUGGAGUGAUGAAUGGGAAAGUCUCGGUCCUCAACGAUUUUGUGUCGGGAGGUUAUGCUUCAUUUCAAUGUCUCACAAGAGAAGAAGAGACAGUGUUUCGUUUAGCUGUGAGAUAUAAAUGCUAUGAUGCUUAG